AUGUCUCCUCCAAGAAGAACUAGAAAAGUUUAUGGUGUUAAAAAAACUCCAGGUCAUCGAUUCAAAUAUUCUAGUUCCGGAUGUCACUAUUCAUUCAUAAAGAAUGAAAAGCUAGAAAAGCACCUACAAGAUAUUCACCUUACAAUGGUACAAGGAAUAAGGCAUAGUCAAAACGCGAUACAAAUUCAACAUGAUUAUGAUAACAAUACCUUCACUUUCAAAAGUAAUAUAUUCAAACAACUUGAUGAAAUUAAUAAUAAGCUAAAGAUUGCUAAAGAAAAAUACCUACUAUUAAAAAAUAGGCAUCCUUAUAUUGGUGAGUUUGGCCAAUGUCAAAAUAGUAUUAGCUUAUUAAAAGUGGAGAUCAAUAGAUUCAACAAUAAGCAAAUUCGUCAGCUUAAUAAUAUUUUGGUUAAUAAAGUUGCUGCUA